UAUCCCACCGAUAGCGGCACGAAAUGCGCUUAUCAGUCUAUCCACAAUGCUUCCACUGUUCGCACCUGUUGACAUCGCUAUUAACCGGUGACACCUCUUCAUUAAUAGAAGCAAAAUGCGCGUGAAGGCCACGUUUCAUUAAAGCAGUAUUUGUUGUGCUGUUGAUCCUAGCGAGCGUGGCAUUAUUCGUGGUCUACUAUGAUUCCGCUGCAACUCACGCAAUGGUACAAUCUGCCCGUAGCCAGCUUGUAGGGUACCUCCCAGUGGAUGAUAACAAAAUGCAAGGCCUACUGAAGGAGGAAAACGAUACGCUACUACCAGGCGAUAUGGGUCAGGCUGUAGAACUGAAAAAACCAAUCAGUGUGGACGUUCAAAGACAGAUCAAUGACGGUUGGGCCAUGCAGGGAUUGAAUCAGUAUGCUUCAGAUUUGGUGUCGGUCUACCGAAAACUUCCAGACAUUCGAGAUCAGUGGUGUAAGGAGCCAGAUCGGUUUCUGCCCAAGCUACCGCCUGCUUCGAUUGUCAUUAUAUUCUAUAACGAAGCGUGGUCAGUGCUUGUGCGAACAGUACACUCGAUUCUGAAUCGAACUCCUCCGGAGCUAGUUGAAGAGAUUAUCCUGGUGGAUGACUGCUCGACGCUGGCACAUUUGAAAACACAGCUGUAUGAUUACUUUCGCCCGCUUCAGAAGGUGCGGAUAAUUAGAGCAAAGCAUCGGCAGGGAUUGAUACGUGCAAGAAUUCUGGGUGCAAAAAGUGCAAAAGCAGAGAUUGUGACAUUUCUUGAUGCGCACUGCGAGGUGAUUGUCGGUUGGUUGGAAGCUCAACUGGAUCGAGUCACCCGUGAUCCAACAACCAUUGCGAUCCCAUCGAUUGACUGGAUCCACGAGGACACGAUGGCUUUGAAUGCGCAAAACUCGCUGUUGUACUUUGGCUCGUUCGACUGGACGGUCAACUUUCAGUGGAAAUCACGGCACGAGAAGAAGAAGCAGGUGGAAAACCCUCUGGAACCGUUCGAUACUCCCAUAAUGGCCGGCGGUUUGUUUACCAUCAAUAAAACGUUCUUCGCCCAUUUGGGAUGGUACGACGAGGGGUUUGAAACCUACGGGGCUGAAAAUAUGGAGCUCUCCUUUAAAACGUGGAUGUGUGGUGGUUCGAUGCAGAUUGUUCCCUGCUCGAGAGUGGCACAUAUCCAAAAGCGGGGUCAUCCCUACUUAUCUCAAACUCCAGGCGGAUACAACUCGAUCAAACGGAACACGGUUCGCCUUGCCGAAGUAUGGAUGGACGAGUACGCUCUAUUCUAUUACGAAUCCUUCGGAGGACCAAAGAAUCGCGGAGAAUUUGGAGAUGUGUCCUCGAGGAAGAAGCUUCGGCAGCGAUUGAAUUGUAAAUCAUUUCGAUGGUACAUGGAGAACGUCUUUCCGGAACAGUUUGAUCCGUCGAAAGCGGUGGGUCGUGGGGCAUUCCGAAGCGCGCUUCAUGGUGGCAAGCAAUGCCUGGAGUGGCCACCUCCUUUAAAUGAACGUGGGGUUGGUGAUUGUCAUGGCCAUGGUGGACAUCAGUUGUGGUUUUUCACAGCUGACGGAGAGGUUACUCGGGAGGAUCAUUGCUUGGAUUACGAUGGAAGUAAGCUGGAAAUGAUUCGGUGCCACAAGAUGCGUGGUAACCAACUGUGGGUGUAUCACGAGAAGGAGACUCACUUUCGUCACAUAAACACCAACCGAUGCUUGGAGUGGAGUGAUGAAAAGCUGAAGGUUAUUGAAUGUAGUGAUUCCAAAGUACAGCAGAAGUGGUUGAUUCAGUACUAUAAUGCAAGUAAUUUGAAAGCAACGUGAAAGUCAGUGCAGGGCUGUCACAAACAAUUUUUUGAAUAAGAAGACGCAAUAAAAUUUGGACCUGAGCAUUGUUUA